AUGAGCAAUUUAGUCAGAUACCAUCCACUUUACGAGCCGUAUCUCGUCGAUGCAGGCUUGUUUACGGUUCUGCCAUUGGUCCCUUUUACCGGUGAUUCGGGUUUGAUCACUACGCUCGUAGAGCGUUGGCGACCCGAGACAUCGACCUUUCACAUGCCUUUCGGUGAGAUGAUGAUCACUUUAGAGGACAUUGCUACACUGACCGGUCUAGCAAUCGACGGUGAUGCCGUCGUAGUAGACAUACCAGACCAGGACUUGAGGGAUAUGUGUCUUUGGCGGUUAGGACGGGCUCCUACUAAUCUUGGCAGCAGCCCCAUUAGGAUUGCUUGGCUUAGGGAAACUUUCGAUCAGCUACCGCAUUCGGCAUCACCAGAGACUACAGAGUAG